AUGAAUGAAACCAAUAAACUGCUCCAUAACACUAAGGCAAGAAACACCAUUUAUUCUGAAGCUGGAAUUGGGAUCUUAGGCAACAGUGCCCUUCUCCUCCACAUCCUCAGGCUCAUUCGUGGGCAGAGGCCCAGACUCACCGACCUGCCCAUUGGUCUCUUGGCCCUAAUCCACAUACUGAUGCUGCUGGUCAUGAGUUUAGUAGCCACAGACAUUUUUAUGCCCUGGAGGAGAUGGGGUGACACCACAUGUAAACUUAUUAUGUUCUUGUACAGGUUUUUUAGGAGCCUCUCUCUGUGUGCCUCUAGCCUGCUCAGCAUCCUCCAGGCCAUCACCCUCAGUCCCAGAAGCUCCUGUCUAGCCAAGUUCAAACACAAAUCUCCAUACCACAUGUUAGGCUGCCUUCUUUUUCUCAGUGUCUUCUACACAUCCAUUGGCAGUCCCCUCAUAUCAUACGUGGUUGCGACCCCUAAUCUGACCUCAUCUCAUCUUAUGUACCUCACUGAAUCUUGCUCUCUUGUGCCCAUGAAUUACUCUGUUCAGCACACAUUUUAUAUACUGUUGACCUCCAGGGACGUCAUCUUUGUGGGUCUCAUGGCCCUCUCCAGUGGGUACAUGGUGACUUUCCUAUGCAGACAUAAGAAGUCCCGUGUUCUCUACAGCACCAGCCUUUCCCACAAGCCAUCUGCAGAACGAAGAGCCACUUGGACCAUUCUGUGCCUCAUGAGUUUCUUUGUGGUGAUGUACACCUUGGACAGCGUCAGUGCCUACUUAAGAAGUGUAAGUGACGAUCCCAUGUUUUACUGUAUGUCGAUUCUGAUAGGCCAUGGCUACGCCACCGCAAGCCCUUUUUUGGUCCUCAGCACUGAAAAAAGUGUAAUUAACAUUUUCAAAUCCAUGUGUGAGAGGGCAGUAAACACGUGGUUGUCUAGGGAUGGGUGA